CCCGUGGAUUCCGGAGGGGGGGGGAGACCGCAGAUGUUCGCAACGAUGUUCGCCACCCGUGAGGAUGUGGACGCCGCACUUCGCGCCGAGCGCCCGCCCGACAAGAUGCCUGACCUUCCGCACUGCAUGGCCAGCGACCUCCGCGAGCCGAAGACGUUCAACGAGGCCAUGCGGUCUCAACAUUCAGAGUUAUGGAAUGAUGCAAUCGGUCGAGAGUUUUUCGGUUUGUUGGAUGCAGGAACUUUUAGUCCGGUGUAGCAACCAGUAGAGAACGCCAUCAAUGCUAAGUGGGUCUUUAACUGUAAGGCAGACGAGUACGGAUGGCCGACGAAAUUCAAGGCAAGACUUGUAGCGCGGGGGGACAUGCAGAGGGCUUCGAUUGAUUUUGGAGAAUUGUUUGCACCCACCGUAUCAGUGUCUAGUGUGCGCUUGUUGGCAGCAUUAGCGUGUGAGCAGAAUCUUGACUUGUGCCAUUUCGACAUUCAGCAGGCUUUUGUGCAGUCUGAGCUUGAUGAGGAUGUUUUCAUGCGCUUACCGCAGGGGCGUGGUAGGUUAUCUGGCCUGAUCGUGAAGCUCAAGAGUCUGUAUGGUUUGAAGCAGGCAUCACGACAUUGGCAUGCGCACCUGACGAGGUGAUUGUUACUUUUAGGUUUUUUGCAGUGUCUGGCAGAUGCAUGUGUUUUUCGAUUGAUGAAGGACGUGUGAUCAUGAUCAUCGUGGUCCACGU